GAUAAUAGAAACUCGCCACGAGUCGAAGUAACGGCCAUCAGGAACACAUGACAUGACCCUGCAUGUGACGCCUGACGCCGUUGCUGUUUUUGAGUGCGUAUAGGAAAGCGCUUUCCUCAUUGUGACAGUCGUUUGCAGCAGUUUGCAGUCGCUUGUUUCCUCGGGGUGUGUGCGUAUACCUCGUCGGCUAAAAAAGCGUAACGUUUCGGGGAUAGAAAAUUUAAUUGAAAGAAACUGUGUGUUUGAUAGCAUCAGCCUUAUUACGUCGCUUUCACUUAGCUUAUGUAUGUUAUAUACGUUAGUGUCGAAAUUAGUAUUCGGAAGAUAAUUGGUUAUCCCUCCAAAAGAAGCGGUCACUGACGAGAAGUGUCUUAAAAUUUAUAACGAUGAGCGACGAUCAGACAAACGAGCAGAGUCCGACUGCAGAGUUGUCAUCGAGUGAUAUAGAAAAAUUGGAAGAAGCAAAGUUAAAAGCAAAAUUCCCAAAUGCAGCUGGUCGACCAUUUGGUGGUCAUUCUGCGUUUCUGCAAAAAAGGCUAGCAAAAGGACAAAAAUAUUUUGAUUCUGGGGAUUAUCAAAUGGCGAGACAGAAAUCUACAGCUAAGCCAAAGCCAACUGGUGUUCUGCCAACAGGGGAUGCUAUACCAACACCAGAGACAGUACCACAACGAAAAACAUCUAUCAUACAACAAAAAUUUAAUACAUCAACAACAUCUUCAUAAGAUAAGAUUGUCAUUUUUUAAUCUAUAUUUUGUUAAGUAGUCUUAUAUAUUUGGAUGCUGGAGUAAUAUGGUUCCUUAUAAAUAAUUGGAGAUUUAAAUACAAUCUCAUGUUUAAAAUUUUUUUAAAAAUAUUUCUUUAAUUAUUUUAUAUAAUAUCAUAAAAUUCUUGUGUUUUUAGUGAAUCAAUUAUUUCCUAGCUACUUAUUCUUAAAAGAGCAUCUGUAAUAUUACAAUAAAAAAGAUAUUCUUUAUAUAUGUGCCACAAUGGUAUCUAAAUUUUAUAAUAUAUGCAAGUAAAUAAGUUAUUAUUUCUCUCCCUUAGUUCGAAAAUUUGCGAGCUUUUCACAUUAGUACAUUUUUAUUAAUUAUUCUCAGAUAUCCUUAUUUCGAGUAUUUAUUCAAUAUACAGUAAAAAACCAAAGAUAAAAAAUUUAUAAAUGUAUUCAGAUUAUAUUGUUAGUCAGCAAUAAAUAUGCAUCUUAGAUGCAUGCAUGUGUAAAAAUUUAUAUUGAAAAUAUGAGAAAGUAAAUGAAUGUAAUAAGAAUUAAUAUUUACUAACAAUACAAGAACUUGUCCUGAUGACAUAAUUAUGAUAACUUAUAAUCCACUUGUGCAUGAUAAAAUUGAGGGUAAAAAGAUACACACAGAUCUGCAUUUUCAAAGCUGCUGUGAUGUGCUUAGUAAGACUAUUUUCUUAUGAAAUAUUUCGCGUAUAUUUACUAUGAAAAUCUGUAAAAUGAAUAUAAAAAUUUUAAAUGUAACUACAAUUUUGCUUAUUAUAUAUAUAUAAACCAUAUUUAGUAUAAUAUAUUGCAACUAAAAAAAA